AUGGCUUCAGCGGGGCUCCAGAUCUCUGCAUUCGUGGUAGCGCUGAUGGGGUUGUGUGGGGCAAUCGCUGCCACUCUGCUACCCAACUGGAAAGUCAACGCCGAUACAGGAGCCAAUAUCAUUACGUCUGUGACGCAAAUGCAAGGUCUCUGGAUGGACUGCACAUGGUAUAGCACUGGCAUGUUUAGCUGCACUGUCAAAUACUCGAUCCUUUCGCUCCCCAUCUAUAUCCAGACAGCGAGAACAACUACAGUGCUGUCUUGCAUAAUGUCAUGCUUGGGGAUCUCCAUUUCCAUGGCUGGGAUGAAAUGUACAAGAUUAGGAGGCGAUCGCCAUACCAAAAGCAACAUCGCUUUUGCUGGUGGAACAUGCUUCCUGCUGGCUGGAAUAUUCGGGCUGGUCUCCGUGUGUUGGUACAUGAAGGAGAUCAUUUCGAGCUUCCUUGAUCCCUUGGUCCCAGACAGCAGCAAACACGAACCAGGAGGGGCAGUAUAUGUAGGUUUUAUUUCAGCCGGAUUGCACUUCCUAGCAGGUGCAGUCUUCUGUGCUUCCUGUGCUAAAAAGCAGCAGGAAGAAUGGGAGUCGCAUCCGAAAAAAACUGUGCAGCUGGCAGCCCAGCAACAAGAAAACAACAAUGCAGGCUAUAACCUCCAGGACUAUGUAUAAGGAAAUCCAGAAAGGAACAGACUGCGAUCGACGACUGUAAGAUAUUUAUGCAAAUCAUAUUACGUUUCUGGAUAUAAAAUAGUAACAGCCAUUGAUAAUAUAUUUUAUUUAAUUAUUCUCUUAAAAAUGUAAGAUUAAUUUACCGAAAAUGUAUUAAAAAGUAACGAAAUGUCAGAAUACAUUUACAUUUUAUAAGUAAAUGUAUGCUAUAUUUAAAUAAAUGUGCCUUCAACAAUA